UUGUCUGUGCCAUCUAGUAACUAAAAAUGGAAUCUCGUUUUACUUAUGAUAUUGUCUGUGUAAGCCACCAGCACUCAAUUUGAUUCAUGCCUGAUUUCUUUCGUAAUUGUACUGGUGUGCUACCUACUGAGUCAACUAUUUCCUUUCUCUGAAAGUACACUGUUAGAAAAUUUGGAACAUUUUGGUGAACCUUCCCUGUGCAAGUAGCCGACGCGUUCUACACCGAGAGUUCUUGCAGUAUUUUCCAUCUGAUAUUCAGGUUUUGUUUUAUGAGAAAAUACCGAUUCGGCAUGGGAAUUACAUGUUUAUCAACGAAUAUACUGAUUUGGCUAUGAAGACUAUAGAACGUGCGGAUAUUUAUUGUGACUUACUUUAAGAAUGAUUAUGAAUGUUAAAUGGAAAUGCAGAACACCAAUUACGAAGUUCCAAAUAUGAAUGGAAAAAAUUCAUACCAUUCACACUUAUGUCGCCUUUGUCUUUUGGAAGACGGUACUAUGCCUAUAUUCAGUGAUGGUGAUGUUGUAAGAGUAUCAUUAAAGCAGAAAAUCGCUAAUUGUUUGUCUUUGGAGGUGUUUGAAGGGGAUGGCUUGCCGACAUUAAUAUGUGAAUCAUGCUCCAGUCUUGUUGACAAGUUCUAUGACUUCAAACAAUUGUGUAAAUAUUCAGAGUCUACAUUAAAAGAUCAUUUAGAAACCCAGAUGUUAGAAGGUAGACAGGUGCAAUACUUGGACGGUAUCAACAGAGAUGUUUUAUCUCAAAGACAUAAUGCUAAUGAGAGCAGAAAUAAGGUUCAUCAUACCACAGAUAUGAUAAGAAUGUCUUCAGGCAGUGAAUUAGACACAUCUAUUGAUUGCUGCAGGAAGAUCCCUGGUCAUUUAGAAGCAAACCAAGAGGUAGACAGUGUACCAAAUUCACUAACGAUGGUUUCUGAAUCAGCAUUGAAAGAGCAUGUUGAACCUGGAUCAUUCAUAUGUAAAACUUGCUUUAAAUCAUUUGCCAAACAAAUUUAUCUUACAAAACAUGAAAUUAAUCACUCAAAGAGAGCAAUGAAUACUUGUAACAAUUGUGGCAUCAAUUUCAUUCGACCUGGGGAUCUGUCUCAGCAUAAAAGGAGUCACUGUAUUCUCGGGGACUUUGCAAAGGAGCAUUCUGCAGAAGAGUUAUCAAAUAAGCAACAAACAUUUGUUUGCAGUAUAUGCUCAAAAACUUUCACAAAACAAGUAUACCUCAAAAGACAUGAAGUUGUUCACACUGGUAAGCGUCCAUAUAUCUGUAACGACUGUGGUAGCUCUUUCUCCAGAACUGGAGACCUUGCUAAACAUGUGAGAAUUCAUUCCAAAAGUAAGACAUUAAGAGAAACUCUUCCAGAUUUGCUUAAAGUGGCAAAUUGGGACAUUGGUGAUGAGGGAUCUAAGAUUUUUGUGUGUAAAAUGUGUUCAAGAACUUUUACAAAAGAGUACUACCUGAAACAGCAUGAAGUGGUGCAUAGUGAAACCAGCACAUAUCUUUGCGACCGGUGUGGUAAGUCAUUCUGUCGUCGAGGAGCACUAACACAACACAAAGCCAUUCACAGCUCAAUUAAAUCUCAUUUCUGUAACAUAUGCAAUAAGGCAUUUGCAUUUGUGGGUCGUCUGAAGGAACAUAAAAGAUUGCAUGCAGGCAUAAAACCGUAUUUAUGUAACAUGUGUGGGAAAGCUUUUGCUACAAAGGAGGGGUUACUUGGUCAUGAAAGGACACAUACAGGUGAGAAACCCUACACCUGUGAUGUCUGUGAUAGGAGCUUUGCAACCUCGUCCAAUUUUCGAACACACAUGAGACAUCACUCAGAGGAAAGAGAUUUCUUUGCAACAUCUGUAGAGUGUCAUUUUUCACCAAGUCAGGUUUAGAGAGACAUGAAAGACUUCACACAGGUGUUAAGCCAUUUGCAUGUGAUAUUUGCACUGUGGCAUUUUAUACCAAAAGAGAAGUAAUUCGACACAAGCUGUUUCAUCUUGGCAACAAGAGGUUUUCAUGUGAUAUAUGCAGUAAGUCCUAUUAUGAACGCCAACAUCUUAUCAUUCACCAGAGGACACAUACGGGAGAACGACCGUACUCCUGUAACUGGUGCAAGAAAUCAUUUUUUGAAAGAUCUAAACUUAAGCGGCAUAUACACACACACACACUGUAAUUUGUUUUUUCCAUUCAUAUAACUAUUUCUGAUGAUGAUAAUAAUAAUAAAAGAUUUAUUUGUGCUGUAA